CGUAAAGCGGUGACGUCGCAAACAACCAGGAAGAGAGAAGUGCACAACGUUUAGUCAACGUGAGUUGUGAAAGAUUUUUCAACUCAGUCGUUUAGUCCAACAAAGUUACCACCAGUGGGAAAAUAAUAACACGUUUCCCCGCAACACGGACAAUACUACAAAGUGCUGUGAUCAUGUCUCUGAAUAAGUCCAUGCAUCCCCGGAACCGCUACAAGGACAAACCUCCGGACUUCGGCUACCUGGCCUCCAAAUAUCCGGACUUCCAGCACUACGUGCACACCAGCCUCGCCGGACGACCCGUUGUGAAUUUCAAAGAGCCGGAGGCGGUGCGAGCGCUGACCUGCACCCUGCUGAAGGAGGACUUCGGCCUGACCAUCGAGAUCCCUCUGGAGCGCCUCAUCCCCACCGUCCCCCUCCGCCUCAACUACAUCCACUGGGUGGAGGACCUCAUCGACGGCCAGAAGCAGCCACGCAGGGGCAUCGACAUCGGCACUGGUGCGUCUUGCAUCUACCCUUUACUGGGAGCCACGAUGAACGGCUGGUACUUUCUGGCCACAGAGGUGGACGACAUCUGUUUUGACUACGCUACGAAAAACGUUGAGCAGAACAACAUGGCCGACCUCAUCAAAGUGGUCAAAGUCCCUCAGAAGACCCUGCUGAUGGACGCCUUGAAGGAAGAGACGCAAAUGGUGUACGACUUCUGCAUGUGCAACCCGCCGUUUUUCGCCAAUCAGCUUGAAGCAAAGGGGGUGAACUCCAGGAACUCACGCCGACCUCCUCCGAGCUCCGUAAACACGGGCGGAGUGACGGAGAUCAUGGCGGAGGGGGGGGAGCUGGAGUUUGUAAAGAGGAUCAUCCACGACAGCCUGCAGCUCAAGAAGCGCUUGCGGUGGUACAGCUGCAUGUUGGGGAAGAAAUGUAGCUUGGCACCUUUGAAAGAGGAGCUGAGGAAGCAAGGGGUACCGAAAGUAACGCACACAGAGUUCUGCCAGGGACGCACCAUGCGGUGGGCGCUGGCUUGGAGUUUCUAUGACGAUGUGAUUGCUCCCUCUCCUCCCAGUAAGAAGCGCAAGCUGGAGAAGGUGAAGAAGCCGCUGUCGUUCACGCUCCCAGAGGCAGGACUGAAGGAGCUGCAGGUCAAGGCCUCGGCUUUAGGCGGCAAAGCCCGCGGCCCGGUGGACGCCGUCGCCGCCCUGCUGGAGAAGACGCUCUGCGACCUGCGGGUGCUACACAAGCGCGUGCCGUGCACGAAGCAGGAGCAGAGCCUCGUCCUAACUGCUGUGGAGAACACCUGGAUCCACGGACGUCAGAAGCGGCGCGACGGGUCGCGUCACUUGCGGGAAGUUCCCAGGGCGCCGCAGGGCGCCGCGGCGAGCUCUCAAGCCUCCUCGACCGCGGCCCCCCAGAGCCAGGGCGAGGACGCCCCGGACGAAACUACGUCCGCACGAGAGGCGACCGGUCGGCCGAGGCCCGAUGAGCGGGUUGAAAACGCCGGCCCUUCGUCUUCAAAUGAGACGCGGGACCAAGCGGCCGAACGGAAAGAGGCCGUGGAAAACGUGCCAGCUGGAGAUGUGGGCGCGGCGUCUCCUGCCUGCGCGGAUGCGGUGCGGGAAACGGCGUCACGGGAAACGGCGGACGCGGCGGGCGAGCCGCCCUGCAAGCGACCCGUGAGCCCGGCGGUGGAGCGCUUCCUGUUCAAGUGUCAGCUGAACGUGGUGCCCGAGGAGAGCGACGUGGUGGUUGAGAUGCACUGGGUUGAAGGUCAGAGUAAAGACCUGAUGAACCAACUGUGCACGUACCUAAAGAACAGCCUCCUGAGGUCUGUCGCAAAGCCCUGAAUGCUCUGAAAUAUUAGCUUUGGUUUCAUUAUUGAAUUUUGUCUUCUGGAGGUAUGUUUUCCAGUUAAUUAGUAGUUUAAAUCACAAUAUUUGUUCUUGGCCAGGUUACCUUUUCAGGUAGUAAAUACUGUAUAUUGGUGUUUUGUCCUCAGCGUUUUUUAAACAUUUGCAAAUAAAUGUUAACUUUUCUAACAUGU